GAUAGCUCAAUCUAUUAUAUCGAACUAAAUUAGCAAUUUCAUGGGUUUUUCAAUCAAUAUCCAAUUCAAGAAUCAAUAAGCAAAUAAAUUGCCGCUUGGUGACAGCACCUUUUUUUUAAAUUUAUCACAAUUAUCAUCCGGUUAAGGUUUAAGUUCUGUAGCGAUCAUUCGAAAAGAUGAAACCUCAGACUACGUUUGUUAUUUUGGUAAAGUAGUGUCAGUCAGAAGAAGGCAAAAGCCAAAACUUGUUUCCCAUUCACGGUUCGCCAGAGAUUUUCACCUCUCUUCGGGCCCAGCGAACACCAAACUUGACUUGAGAUCAGUCAUCGCGUGGAGUUUUAUUCAAACGGAUGCGUAUAGGUUUCCUGCUCGAAAAUCAACUACAUUGAUGUGAUCACAGACUAUGGUUCGUGUCCGCGUGCAUCAGCAGAAUUGGAUAACUAUUUAUUGUAACACAUUUUUGCAGAACUGAAGUCGACUUGUUAAACGUGGCUUCGAGGUUCAAUUACGACGUGUGUGGAAUUAUAUAAUACACUGAGGACAGGAAUUCGCGGCGAUGAGGAUAUAAACAGUUGUCCUACUAACGGAAUAACGGUGUCUCACAAACCACAGUACAGAGAAAGUGCCUUGAAUGAAUUAAAUACGUGGAAACGCGUAGAAGAGAGAAAAAGAAAGUUUUCAUCAAUCAGUAUUCCGUUUGGUCACGGUCAGCGGUGUGUUAUUAAUAUAUUGCAAAGAAAGUUUUUUAAGGUGAAUAAGAUCAAGAUGAGUAUUGGUUCGGAUAAUCUUGGCAUUCUGGCGAUGGAAAUUGUAUUUCCAUCGCAAUACGUGGAGCAAACAGAGUUGGAAAUUUUUGAUAAUGUCUCUGCUGGAAAGUAUACUGUUGGAUUGGGACAGUGCCGAAUGGGAUUCUGCACUGAUAGAGAAGACGUGAAUUCUUUGUGCUUGACGGUGGUGAACAAUCUACUGGAUCGUCAUAAAAUUGUACGUUCACGAAUAGGCCGAUUAGAGGUUGGCACGGAAACUGUUGUGGACAAAUCUAAGAGUGUAAAGACAGUAUUGAUGCAACUAUUUGAGAAAGAUGGACUUAGUAAUCUCGAAGGUAUCGACACGAAAAACGCUUGCUACGGUGGAACUGCUGCAUUAUUUAAUGCUAUGGAUUGGCUCGAGUCUUCCAGUUGCAAAGGGCGACUUGCACUUGUUGUUUGCGCUGACAUAGCUGUGUACGCUCAAGGAUCCGCGCGCCCUACAGGUGGUGCCGGAGCUGUGGCAAUGCUUGUUGGUCCGAACGCUCCAUUGGUAAUUGACCGUGGGCUUCGAGCUGCUUAUAUGAAACAUGCUUAUGAUUUUUACAAACCAAAUCUCAGCUCAGAAUAUCCAGUCGUUGAUGGAAAACUAUCCAUACAAUGCUACCUAAGUGCACUGGAUAACUGCUAUCAAUUGUAUAGGAAAAAGUUUGCUGACUCAAACCCAAAUGCCAGUCCAAUUAAUUUAAGUUUUUUCGAUGCUCUCAUAUUUCACACUCCCUACUGCAAGCUUGUCCAAAAAUCAUUAGCACGGUUAGGAUUGAACGAUUUCGUUUUGACUCCAUCCGAUCAACGAGCCAGUAUUUAUCCGGGAUUAGAUAAAUUUGACGCUGUGAAACUCGAGGAAACCUAUUUCGAUCGUGACGUGGAGAAGGCCUUCAUGAAUCAUUUCGCUUCAGUGUUUGAUAGUAAAACCAAACGAUCACUUCAUCUUGCUAAUCAAAUUGGAAAUAUGUACACACCAUCUGUGUACGGUGGGCUCGUAUCGCUGCUGAUCACAAGCGAAAGUUCUGAACUCAUCGGUAAACGAGUGGGUGUAUUUUCCUAUGGAUCUGGAUUGGCGUCUACAAUGUACUCGAUAUCAAUAACAAAUAAUAUUGAGGCACUGACAUCUUUCAAAGCUCACCUAAGUUAUGUGCAGCCUUUACUGGAUUCUAGAAAAAAAGUUACUCCAGAAAUGUUUACCCAACUGAUGGAAAUACGGGAAAAAAACAACCAUGUGGCACCUUACGAACCAACCGGCUGUAUAGAGACACUUUUCCCUGGAACAUACUAUCUUAAAUCGGUAGAUGAGAUGCACCGCCGAUCAUAUGAACGUGUAUCACUAGCGACAAACGAACAAGAGACGAACAUGAAUCUGAUCACAGAUUGCAACCACCUGAAUGGGAAAAGUGUCAAGGAAUGGCCACAAAACGUUGGUAUUUUGGCAUUGGAAAUCAUAUUCCCAUCGCAAUUUGUAGACCAAACUGAGCUGGAAAUAUUUGAUGGUGUAUCAACAGGAAAGUACACAAUAGGAUUAGGUCAAAGCCGCAUGGGAUUUAGUUCGGAUCGUGAAGAUGUUAACUCAUUGUGCUUGACAGUGGUGAAUAAUUUACUGGACCGUCAUAGUAUUCCAUAUUCGAAGAUUGGCAGGCUAGAAGUAGGAACCGAAACUUUAGUAGAUAAAUCUAAAAGUGUUAAAUCGGUACUAAUGCAACUGUUUGAAGCUGAGAAGGUUACCGAUAUCGAGGGAAUCGAUACUACAAACGCUUGCUAUGGAGGAACUGCUGCCUUGUUCAACGCUUUGAAUUGGGUCGAAUCAUCCAGUUCUCAAGGACGACUAGCGUUGGUUGUUUGUGCCGAUAUUGCUGUUUAUGCUCAAGGUACAGCACGUCCAACAGGAGGGGCAGGAGCUGUCGCAAUGUUAAUCGGACCGAAUGCUCCACUCUCUAUUGAUAGAGGGCUUCGGGCAACUUUCAUGAAACACGCUUAUGAUUUCUAUAAACCAGACCUUAGUUCGGAAUAUCCGGUCGUUGAUGGAAAAUUAUCCAUACAAUGCUAUUUAAGUGCACUGGACAACUGUUACCAACUGUACAAACAGCAGUUUCUCGAACAGAACCCUUCAGUAUCGGAUGAGGUCGAUCUCAACAUUUUUGAUUCCGUUAUAUUUCAUACUCCGUACUGUAAACUGAUUCAUAAAUCAUUCGCACGGCUGGGCUUGAAUGAUUUCAUUCAAACUCCUGCUGACCAGCGUGCAAGUAAAUAUCCAGGAUUUGAUAUGUUCCAGAAUGUAAGUCUGGAAGAUACGUAUUUUGAUCGUGAGGUGGAAAAGGCUUUCAUGGCACAUUACAAACAAUUGUUCAACUCGAAAACAAAACCAUCCCUUCAUCUUGCGAACCAAAUUGGGAACAUGUACACUCCAUCCGUUUACGGAGGUCUUGUUUCUUUGCUGAUAAAUAGCGACAUAGCAGAACUGGCAGGCAAAAAAGUUGGUGUGUUUUCUUAUGGAUCUGGUUUGGCUUCGUCAAUGUAUUCCGUCUCGAUUACCUCUGAUGUAGAAGCAGUUAGAGCUUUCAAGGCCCAUCUGGACUAUGUGCAACCAUUACUAGAUUCUCGAAUUAAAGUGUUCCCUGAAGAUUUUACUAGGCUGAUGGAGAUUCGUGAGAAAAACAAUCAUGCUGCCCCUUACGAGCCGACCGGAAACGUGGACGUUCUCUUCCCUGGAACAUAUUUCCUAAAGUUAGUGGACAAGAUGCACCGACGUGUGUAUGAGCGUAUUCCACGAAGCACCAACGGAACGUCCUAGUCACGAGUCACGGAAAAUGGAUGGGGAAAUUUUACUCUUUGCAAAGUAAAUGUUUUUAUAUUGAUUGUACCAAGGGAAAAUGUGACAAUAUUUAGGCUAUUUUGAAAACAGUUCUUACAAAUAUAACAAAAUAUUUCCGCGAUCAUUGCCGUUUAAUUGUUAGGCUAUUAGAUAAAGUGCAAAGUAUGUUGAUGAACAAUUUUUGCACGUCUGUAAAUCCCAUCUGUAAAUUACUUAAUAAGAUAGUCUAGGUGAUGAAUUCCGGAUUGUGUAACAUUUCUGCAACUUAAAUAAUUAGAAGACUGGUCAUUUUUAUAACUAGUAACUAUUUAUGUAGGAACCGUUGAGAGACGGUAAAAAAUCUUACCAACUUAUAGAAAGGGCUCGAAGAUACUGAAGAUGUAGAUAGAAAUAACUAAAAAUAUUCAAAUAUAUUUCGACUCAUUUAUCAUAUUGAACACAUCACACACAAGGAUUAUUGUUUUCCAGAUCAAAGUACAGAACAAUUCUUAUGACGUACGUAGUAGUAUAUUGCUCAAUGAGAAAUGAAUUAGGCAUCCUGUAUAAAUGAAAGAAACUUUCAAACAAUUGGGCUUUCAAUCUUUAGAAAA